AUGCCUCAGGCUGCCGGGAACCAAGUCGUUUUGCUAGCGUGCCCGCGAUGCACCAAGCUAUGUAAAGGUGCUAGGGGGCUUGGAGCGCACAAAACGUGGUGCGAUAGGAAGGAGGCAUUGCGGGUCCAACAAUUCCAAGGGCACGGAGUUAAUGGAGCCCGCCAUCGACGCCCGCCUCAUGCCAUUCCCACCCUCGCGGAUUGGGAAUGGGCCGCGACCGAGGUUGACCUUGAGGAGGAGCUUCUUCCAGGCUUUGGGACGCGCCAGAUCCGCAUCCCACAAGCCGCUCGUGGCGAUCUAGCUAGAGCCCUUCUCUUACCGCUUAAGAAGAUAGUGGCAGAUCACACCGAUGAGGGAGCAUGGGCCAUCCUUCUCCUCUUUCCAACACUAGUCCUUGGGGCACUGGUACGGGGGGGCAAGGCCGGGCUGCGCAAUCUCAAGGAGCGAUGCCGCCGCUUCGAGAGCGGAGAUUGGGAGGGCCUGCUGGACGAUCACCACGAGGCCGAGGAUCUUCUUGCGGAGCGGUUUGAGGAGGGAGAGCAUGGGGCUGCGCAGUUAGCGGGUGAGCCCACCGCUGAGGAGGCGCAGGCGCGCAGGAUCCGUCGUUGUCUUCGGCUUGGACGGGCGG